GAGGGAGGUAUAUAAGGCAGGGUAUGGAUCCAGAGCAAAGCACCUGAUUGAGACCUGCAGGGAUCCACAGAGAAAGAGAGAAAGAAGAAAACGUAGCACAGAAACGGCAUCCUCUACAGUUGGUUCUGACACAGUGUUGCCACCAGCUUCAAACACAACAACAGACAAAUAUAGCUGCAGACUCUGUGUUGCAGUGCAGACAGCUGGGAAACAGCUACCGGCAGACAGACAGGAGUGCAGCACCUGUAGGACAGUACAGACAGUACUACAGACAGUUUGGAGGUAGUACAGACGGUCCAGUACAGACAUGCAGUGUAAGCGUUUCCUUUCGUGUGUUCUGCUGCUUACCGCCGCUGGACCCCUCCUCACACACCCUGUCUCACACUCUAACGAGAUGUCCUACACCGGAACAGAGGAGGACCAGGUGGUGAGUCCAGAGGAACUGUCCCUUUCUGACCACACCUACAGAUUCCACAGUGCACCUGGCCUUGGCAAUCUAAGAUCAGCAGUGUUCAGCCCAGACCAGGCCGUGAGAGAGGUGCUGUUGGAAACACCAGCUCUGAGCCCUCAACCUCAUUUCCUGGGCAGCAGAAGAGAGUACAGAAAGAGAACCACCACAGAGUGCUUCUGGAAGUAUUGUGUCUAGGAGUGACACACACACACACGAUACAUAGUAUGUAUUUAUUCUGUUGUGUUCAGGCACAGCUCAGGUGUACAAAGUGAAAUAGUGAAUAUGAGUAAUAAACAUGACUGUGUAGUGUUGUAUGUACAAUAAUGAAUAAAACAGUAUGUUUGGA